UCAGCCCUUAGAUGAAGAGUUGGAGAAGUUUCAGGUGUCUUUGCAGGAAACUUUGUUCAUCUCAACAGCGCUCCACUUUUUUGUUGUUUCUCUUUGAAGGCCAGACAUUAAAAAUGACUCAUUCUGUUCCCCUUUAAUGGAAGAUUAGAGAAAUAUUGCUUUGACUGGAUUGUUCCCACGCAGACAGGUGCGGGCAUGACGUGGGGGGCGCUGUACGCCCAGCUGGGCGGAGUCAACAAGCACUCCACCAGCCUGGGCAAGAUCUGGCUGUCGGUGCUGUUCAUCUUCCGCAUCACCAUCCUGGUCCUGGCGGCGGAGAGCGUUUGGGGCGACGAGCAGUCGGACUUCACCUGCAACACGCAGCAGCCCGGCUGCAAGAACGUUUGCUACGACCACUUCUUCCCCGUCUCGCACAUCCGCCUGUGGUGCCUGCAGCUCAUCUUCGUGUCCACGCCCGCCCUGCUGGUGGCCAUGCACGUGACCUACAGGAAGCGCGGCGACAAGAGGAGCAUCCUGGCCUCCCGCGGGGGCGGGGCCGGGGGCGGGGGCGGGGCCUCCGACCUGGAGACCUUGAGGAGGCGGCGGCUGCCCAUCACGGGCACGCUGUGGUGGACGUACACCUGCAGCCUCUUCUUCCGCCUGCUCUUCGAGGGCGGCUUCAUGUACGCGCUCUACUUCGUCUACGGAGGCUUCCGGAUGCCGCGGCUGGUGAAGUGCGAGCAGUGGCCGUGUCCCAACAAGGUGGACUGCUUCAUCUCCAGACCCACGGAGAAGACCGUCUUCACCAUCUUCAUGGUGGCCUCCUCCGCCACCUGCAUGGUGCUCAACGUGGCCGAGCUGGCCUACCUGGUGGCCAAGGCGCUCCUCAGGUGCUCCGGCCGCACCAACAGGAAGUUGUCCUACGGCCGCAAGGAGACCGUCACUGGGGACGACGCCGUCCUGCAGAACCGCAAGAACGAGCUGCUCAUCUCGGACUCUUCCGGCCGCAAGACCGCCUGCUGAGGGAGCGGCUUCUCGCCGGUCCGCCGGAGGGCGUGUGACGUCCCGGAUUCUUCUGGAAACGCCAAAUCCACAAAACGGAUGUUUGGACAAAAGUGUUGGGACGCAAGCCGAGGUUGCAUCAGAGUGGGACAAAAUAAAGAC